UCAUAUAUUUUAACUUUACACGUUCACAGAGCUAAGCUGUUCGAGCAGUGAACAGAGACACUCAGCAAGAGCCACAAGACUACAGGCGUUCUUAAGAAUACUGCCAGCAUGUGGUUGUCAAACAGGGACAGACUGGGCUGGUACCAGAGAUAUUUAUCAGGAAUGAAAGCCCACCAGAAUUUGAAGAUCAUUGAAAUACAGAAAUGUGAAGACAUUCUCUUCACGAUCCUUGACAGGGUUCAGCAGCAGGACCACAGGUUCCAGGUGGACUAUUCCAGGGAGCACGCCUGCUUUGACUACAUUCUCAGGACAGAAUUUGACGAGUUAGAUAUGGAGGUGCCUCUGUGGUUCAACGAUUUGUCCUUGAGGGUUGAAGAGAGCUGUGAUACCCCCUACACUGUGGAUGGAAUCAGUCAUCAAACCCUUCCGAGAAAGGGGUUGGCUUACUUGACUGUUCCUAAGGAAAGUGAAAGCAGAUGGUCUGGGAGUGACAUAUUCCACCCACUUCGAGGGUCAUCCCAAUGCAGUGGCCACCUCAUCCCUGGCAGAGUCAUAAAUAUUCUGAAAGAACUCCUCAAAGGAGCCAUUGUUUACUGCGAGCAGAACUUUCUUAUUAAUCCAGGAGAUGUGAAUGCUUCUUUGUUAAAUUUUGAUGGUCCUCGGAUAACACUGGUUCUAAGAAAUGUAAUGAAGCCCUUACGAGUUAACAUCAUUCCAGUUGUUAGGAAAGCCAUAGAGAAGUUUCUUGAGGAUGGUAAUCAGAAUGAGAAGGGCAUUUCGGAGACAAGCAAGCAGGCAACUCCCGAGAACAUUGACAUUAGCAAUGGAACUUACUACCGAUGGAGAUUUUGUUUUGAAAGACCAAUGUGGAAGUUGCUAGAGAGAGCAGAUGCUGAUGGGGGCCAUCGUCUGGACAGCCUGUGCCUACUGGACAGGAUUAAAACUGACCACUGGCUUCCAGGGGAACAUAAGCGAGGACUCACAUUUAACCUGCUUAAGGUGGUGUUACUCUGGGCCAUGAAGUUUUUCCCAGCUGCAGAGGACUGGGUUGACCUGGAAUCCUCUGUUUAUCGGAUGUUAGUGGUGCUGCUCCGCUGCCUCGCCCUCCAGAAUCUCCCCAACUACUUCAUGCACGAGAUCAACCUUUUCCACGAGGAUUUUCAGCCCCCUUUUGACUUCCAAACCAUUUACAAGAAAGUGGAAGAUUUCGCUGAUAACCCCGAGAAAUACCUACAGAUACACAUGACCCACCUCCUCCCUACCCAUCGCCAGCGCAUUGACAGUUACGUGAAGAUGCUCCUGCAGCUCCAGGAUGGCAAGGGUCUUUACUGGAACACAGCCUAUUUUGACAUCAUUUUAAACAAGUUUCAGGUUUACCAUGUCCAGGAUGCUGACAGAAUUGGGGCCAUGCAACUCGUCUGGUCCAAAACUACCAAACUAGUGACCGAUGAAGGGUGCUCAUCGUAAACCAUCAGGAUUACAUUUCCACAGAUUCUGCAGAUCAGAUAGAAAACCCUUCUCCACAUCUACUGUAGACUGGAUUACAACCCCAUGAUACACUUACUGUAGACUGGAUUACAACCACAUGAUACAUCUACUGUAAACUGGAUUACAAUCCCAUGAUACGCUUUCUGUAGUCUGGAUUACAAUCGCAUGAUACACCUUCUGUGGACUGGAUCACACAAUGACUAAAAAAUAAAAUCAUUCAAUUUCAACAAAUGAGGAGACAGGAAGCGCAGCAGGACAGCACAAGUCUGUCACUUAGCUAGAUAAUGUUAGACUUUAACUUCCUGAUGAUAAGAAUGGUUUUCUUUUAUUUUAUCACACCUGGUUUGCAAGUGUAAAAUAUUAUAUAGCAACAACUUACAUCUUUUCAUUCAGCUAACUUCACAAAAUACUUCUAAGUACUUAAAUGCAAGUAUUUCCUUUCAAGCACCUCCAUGGGUUGCAUCACCUAGAAGCCAAUUGUCUUUUUUAAACCUAUUAUAUAUGGAACAUAUAUAGGAACUGACAGACAGACACGAACCAUGUCGGAGAUGGUGGUGUAGUGUUAAUAUCACAGGACUAGUAAUCCACAGGCCUCGGCUAAUGGUCUGUGCCAGCUGGUGGAAGUUGAAUUAAAUUAAUAAAUCUGGAGUAUUA